AUGCCAUCCUCCGACCCGCUCGACGAUGUUCGGCCCAUGUUCGAGCUUCGAGGCCGCAAUUAUGUCAUAACAGGCGGUGCCCAAGGUAUCGGCUUCGCGUGUACUCGUGCAAUCUGUGAGAUGGGAGGCAAUGUUGCCGUUUUGGAUAUCCAAGACAAGCCCGUUGACGAGUUCGAAACAUUAAGCACUCGAUUCUCCACAAAAACAAUAUAUAUUCGAACUGACGUUACCUCUGAGGAGAGUAUCAAGGUUGCGAUUGGCAGAGUGGUACAAGAGCUAGGCUCGAUUGACGGAUGUGUUCCUGCUGCGGGGAUUGCCAUUGACAAGCCCUUCCUGGACCAGACUUGGGAGGAGUUUAAUCGUAUCCAAGAAAUCAACGUCCGUGGUACCUUCUUUGUUGCCCAACUCGCCGCUCGACAGAUGAUCAAGCAGGGCACCGGGGGAAGUAUGGUAUUGCUAGCUUCACAAUCCGCCCAUAUCGGUCUACCGGGAUAUCGAAUGGCAGCAUAUAAUGCUUCCAAAGGGGCAGUCUUCAUGCUAUCCAAGGCGCUAGCUGUAGAACUUGCACCUCAGAAUAUUCGUGUUAAUACGAUUUCUCCAGGCUUCGUGGAUUCAGAGAUGACAAGAUCAGUUCGCGACCUGAAGAGCAAGCGUGAAGGCGAGCAAAUGUGGCUCGCGCCUCCCAACCAGCGAUUGAGCACGCAGAAUGACCUGACUGGUGCUGUUAUCUACUUACUUAGCGAUGCCGCUCGCCAUACAACGGCAGCGGACAUACCGAUUACUGGCGGUCUCCACGCCGGAACCAUUGAUGGCUUGAUUAGCUAUGAGUCUAAAUAG